GGUUUCUGAAACAGAUCGUGAGCUUCACCAAGAGAAUUCAACUGGAAAACCAAGACUGGCAGACUCUUUUUCUUCAGACAAUAGGCAGGAGCCAGACAAAGUCCAGGGAUUCUUAGGACACCGAUUUUUUUUCUUUGGAGGACGCUAAGUUCUGUUUGACGACAAAGUUCAAUAUGGCAACAGGACUGAAGAAACGCGAAGAAACCAUUACCAUAAUUUGGUGACAGUUCUUUAAACAACAGUCCCUUAAGGAAGGGUGGAUCAAGGACCUCCUGAACUUUUGUGUUGCAUUAAGUGAGAAAUCAGCAUGGCUCAGGCAAGUCUCCUGGCUUGUGAAGGCCUAGCAGGUGUGAGUUUGGUUCCCACUGCAGCCAGCAAGAAGAUGAUGCUGAGCCAGAUUGCCAGCAAGCAGGCUGAAAAUGGAGAGCGGGCAGGUAGCCCUGAUGUGCUGAGGUGCUCAAGUCAGGGUCACCGAAAGGACAGUGAUAAGUCCCGGAGCCGCAAAGAUGAUGACAGCUUGGCUGAGACCUCUCAUUCAAAAAAGACUGUUAAAAAGGUGGUGGUAGUGGAACAAAAUGGUUCUUUUCAAGUAAAGAUUCCCAAAAAUUUUGUUUGUGAGCACUGCUUUGGCGCCUUUAGGAGCAGUUACCACCUAAAGAGGCACAUCCUUAUUCACACUGGUGAGAAACCAUUUGAGUGUGAUAUAUGUGAUAUGCGCUUCAUCCAGAAGUACCACUUGGAACGCCACAAGCGUGUGCACAGUGGUGAAAAGCCUUACCAGUGUGAACGGUGUCAUCAGUGUUUUUCUCGGACAGAUCGAUUACUCAGACACAAACGGAUGUGCCAAGGGUGCCAGUCCAAGACCUCCGACGGGCAGUUUUCUCUAUAGGCGCUAGGGGCCCCGGGUGGUGGGAGUGAUCAGAAGAAUCUGCUGAAGAGCGCACCCCUCCUCUGGUCUGAUGGUCCCACCACCACCACAUCUGAACCUGUCCCCCUCCUGGAGGAGUGGACCCAGGAGACCAGAAGAGUGCAUCAAGGGACAGUGGCCCCAAAGCCUCAGCUCUGUAAAUAAUCUGAGACUAUGAGUAUCUCGGGGAAGUUCCUACAGCAUUCCUGGGCAGGGGAGCUAGUCCCUCAACCCUUGGCUGAGGUCAUAGUUGGGAACUCAAGGUACAGGACCAAGACUGAAGUGUGGCUCCCACAACCUUGGACUGUAGCUGGCAGCUAAAAUGGAAAAGAUUGGGGAAGGGGAUUUGUUUGUUCUGUUCUUAUUUUUGUUUAUCCAAAAGCAGUUUCAGCAGUGGAUACAGAUAAUUUGGAAGCAUAGAGUCCUGGUCCAAAGCAGGGACUAUGGCUGGUCCAGCCUUCCCCCAAAACUAAAUUUUUAGUUGCAGUAGAUCCUCAGUGUUCCACAACCCUGCACCUCAUCUCCUGUUUGAGGGAUAUUAGGAUCAGGGAUGGCAGCUGAGCUUACUUUGGCCUCUUAUACACUGUAGGGACAAA